GCAUUUACUGCUGUGGUCCUUGCCCUGUCAAAGCAAUAAAGGAAGGUCAUGUGGAUGUGAAAUAUGAUGCUGUGUUCAUCUUCGCCGAGGUCAAUGCAGAUGUGGUUUACUGGCUGGUAAAUAAAGAUGCAUCAAAGCAAGAGCUGGGAGUCAAACAGCACCAAGUGGGAAAACAGAUCAUCACAAAAAGUGCCUACACAGACAAACGAGAGGACUUAACACAUGAUUACAAAUACCCAGAGGGAUCUACAAAGGAACGGGAAGUCUACAACAAAGCUGGAAUGAAAAUCAGAUCUGCUGACAUCCGGGAAAAAGAUUUAAAGAUCAGCAUUAAAUAUGCUCAGCCAAUCUUUGGAAGUGAUUUUGACGUCCAUUUCAGCAUUGUAAACCAUGGCUUUAUGGACAAGGAGAUCCACUUAACACUGUCUGCAACAACCAUAACAUACAACGGGUUUAUUUUAACAGAAUUCAGCAAAAGGUCAAUCACAUUGACGUUAAAAGCUGCUACAGUUCAGAAAGAAGUUUUGAGACUGAAAUACAGAGACUAUGGUGAACAUCUCUCUGAGCACAACUUAAUUCGAAUGACGGCCAUGCUAAUACUUAAAGGCACAUCUGAAGUGAGCCUUAAGGAGUGUGACAUUGCCCUGAAUCUACCUCGGCUCACAGUGAAGGUAAUCGGUGACCCAAUUGUGCGCAGAGAGUUGACUGUCCAAAUAAAGUUUGCAAAUCCACUUCCCAUCACAUUAACCAAAGGAAACUUCAGUGUGGAAGGCACUGGACUCACAGAUUUACAGGAAAUUAAGUCUCC